AUGAAAGCAGCUGCAAAAGAAGUGUGUGUUUUGCAACAAAAUGAAGAUGUUGAUGGGACAAAUCCUGUAAACUGUGGUAUUUCAUGUGACGGUACCUGGCAACGAAGGGGACAUUCUUCAUCAAACGGGUGUGUUACGGUUGUGUCGAUAGAUACCGGGAAAGUUCAUGAUGUUGAGACACUGACUACAUUUUGCAAAGAGGCAAUCAUUGAACUUUUAAAUCUACUGGAUAUUACUCCUGGCCAGUUUACAGAAGUUGCUUGUCAAUUUGAAGACAAGUUGAGAGUUUUGCAUGCAGAACACAAACCCACGCCCGAAGUUAAAAGGAGGCGUAAAGUGAUGGGAGGACUGAAAAAACAAAA